GGUCACAGGUCGUCAGUCACUGCUGUGACUGAUCGAGCACGGCUUCACCACCAAUCGCACGUCGUCGGACUCCUGAUAUAUAUCCCACGGCCAUCGAUCGACCAUCCCCGCACACACGACACGAUCGAUCUUCGCCUUCUUCAAUUCUGAAGUUCUAACAUCAUUCGCCAUCAAUCUCCUCAAGUUCUUCUGAAGCUCUCCAUGGCCGACGAUGAGGGCCGCCACCAGCGCAAGAUCCGCCACCAUUUCCUGCUCGUGAGCUACGGCUUCCAGAGCCACAUCAACCCGGGGCGCGUCCUCGCCCACCGCCUCGCGCGGCUCGGCGGCGUCGACGGCGGCCCCAUCUCGGUCACGCUCUCCGUGCCGGCCGCCACCUAUCGCUGCAUGUUCCCUUCGCCGGACGCCGACGCGGCGGAGGCCACCACCACCGACGGCGUCAUCUCGUACGUCCCCUACUCCGACGGCGUCGACGACGGCUCCAUGCCCAGGGACGCCGCCGACAGGGCGGUGAGGCGCCGCGCGACCUCCGCGAGCCUCUCCGCCGCCGCCGCCCGCCUCGCCGGCAGCGGGCGGCCCGUGACGUGCAUCAUGUGCACGGUGGUGUCCCUCCCGGUGGUCGACGUCGCGCGGGAGCUUGACAUCCCCGUCGCCGUUUACUGGAUCCAGACGGCAACGCUUCUCGCCAUCAACUACCACUACUUCGUCCACGGCUACAGCGAGCUCGUCGCCGCCCACGCCGCCGACCCUGCGCACGAGUUGCGCCUGCCGGGGCUGAGCCGUCCUCUCCAGAUAAGCAACCUCCCGUCCUACCUGACCGACAUGUCCGGCAGCGAGAGCGCCAAGGCCUUCAGCGAGGUGUUCCAGGAGUUCUUCCAGUACAUGGGCCAGUGGCAGCCUAAGGUGCUCGUGGCCACACUCGACGAGCUGGAGCCGGACGCGCUCGCGGAGAUGAAGCGGCACGUGGAAGUGUUCACCGUUGCCCCCAUGGUUGGGAGCUCAACGGAGGCGCGGAUCCACUUGUUCAAGCAUGACAGCGCCGACAAGAAGAGGUACAUGGGGUGGCUCCAGGCUCACCCGGAGAAGUCCGUGGUGUACGUGUCGUUUGGGAGCCUAUCAAAGUACACCAAGCACCAGAUGGACGAGAUCGUUGGAGGGUUGCGGCAGUGUGGGAGGCCGUACUUGCUGGUCGUGCGCAGGGACGGGAUCGCGGACGACGAUGAUGAAAGUGGCAGCUUGGAGAAGAGCACCCAAAGCCAGGGCAUGGUGGUGGAUUGGUGCAACCAGUUGGAGGUUCUAUCGCACCCGGCGGUUGGGUGCUUCGUCUCGCACUGCGGGUGGAACUCGACGAUGGAGGCCAUGGUGUCCGGCGUGCCGAUAGUCGGCGUGCCGAACAUGUUCGACCAGCCAACGAAUGUACUCUUCAUUGAGGAGGAGUGGGAGGUUGGCAUCAAAGCAGAGCGCAGCGGUGAUGGUGUUUUGAUGGGAACAGAGCUGGCAAGGUGUGUUGAGUUGGUCAUGGGUGAAGGUGCGAAAGCAAUGGCGAUAAGGGAGAAGGCGAAGGCCUUGAAAGAGGUAGCGCAGGCAGCAGCAGGUGUAGGCGGCUCUGCUGAGAGAAACCUUCGCGACUUUGUCAAAGCAAUACCAUGUCAGAAUCAAUAAAGCCAUGAUAGAAAACUGAACCUGCUGGUCCGUUCAUGACAACGACCUCUUUUGUUCUUGUACUGCAGUUCCUACCACAAAAGCAAUCUAGCCAAAUUAUUAGCUGGAAGAUGGACUCAUGAACUUGGAAUUUGUUCAGGCAAUAAUUAGACAUGGUUUUGGUUAGAUAGAUUUUGAUUCUUAGAUAGAUUUUGGUUGAAAAGUCUAAAUUUGACCGAGAAUUGUGCAAACCAUAUGUGUGCAAAGCCUGACAUGCCAUGAUUAUAACCCAAUUCACAACUGUGGUACAUAGAAAAUAACGCAAACCAUAGCAAGAGUUUGAAUAAAA